UUGUUUUAGUUUGUUGAGUGAAGAAUGAAAUUAGUGAAAGAGGGGCCCUAUGUUUUGCUUAUAAUUUCCGUCAGGCAAGGGCAGCACCAACCACAUCCUAACUAGCUAAUUAAAAAGACUCCUUUGAUCGAUCUUGUACUUGUAUGUUCGAAUCAAUUACCAGAAAAUAAUCAGAAAGAUGGGGGAGAUGUCUGGAUUCCAGUUGGGAGUGAUGGGUGCAUUGUUUCUCUCUGUUGCAUCAUCAGUGUCCAUAGUUAUAUGCAACAAAGCUCUGAUGAGUAAUCUUGGUUUCCAGUUUGCGACGACGCUGACCAGUUGGCACCUCAUGGUGACAUACUGCAGCCUCCACGCCGCGCUGCGUUUGAAUUUCUUCGAAAACAAGCCCAUCGACAUCAAGACAGUGUUCAUGUUUGGGAUGCUCAAUGGCAUCUCCAUUGGACUUCUCAACCUCAGCUUGGGAUUCAACUCCAUUGGCUUCUACCAGAUGACAAAACUGGCAAUCAUACCUUUCACUGUGCUGUUGGAAACUCUCUUCUUCAAGAAACAAUUCAGCAAGAAUAUAAAACUGUCUCUCUCAAUUCUGCUACUGGGAGUGGGGAUUGCGUCAGUAACCGAUCUCCAGCUCAACUUCGUCGGGACCAUCCUCUCCAUCCUCGCCAUCGUCACAACUUGCGUUGGACAAAUUCUGACGAACACGAUCCAAAAGAGGCUGAACGUAUCCUCGACACAGCUGCUGUACCAAUCCGCACCAUUCCAAUCAGCCAUUCUGUUUGUGACAGGGCCGUUUGUGGACCGAUUUCUGACCAAACAAAACGUCUACGCCUAUAAAUACUCCCCACUCGUAUUGGGAUUCAUAGUGCUGUCGUGCCUGAUAGCCGUGUUUGUCAACUUCAGCACCUUCUUGGUCAUCGGGAAGACAUCCCCCGUCACCUACCAAGUCCUCGGCCACCUCAAAACCUGCCUUGUGCUCGCAUUCGGAUACACCCUCUUGCACGAUCCUUUUACAUGGAGGAACAUCAUUGGAAUACUCGUGGCCGUUGUUGGGAUGGGGCUGUAUUCUUACUUCUGCACCAAUGAGACCAAGAGGAAACAGCUCGUCGACGUCUCACCCUCGCCACCGAUGAAGGACAAGGAUGUUAGCAGUCCGCUUCUUGGAAGCCAUCAAGAUAAAGAAUCCAAGGAUUCUGCAGUGUGAUUCAUUAGUCAAGAAUAUUUUUGGAGCCAAGAUUGUUUUCAUUCUUUCAUGUCUCUUCUCAGAUGAACAUUUUCUUUUUUGCCACAGCAAUUUAGCACAGCAGAGGAAGUCACACAUCCUUCUUUAUGAAUGCAUAUAUUAUGAUGACAUUCAUCAUUGUGUUUUACAUUUUUUGAAUCAAAUUGAUAAUUACUCCACAUUGGAGUUAAUACUAGUAAUAAACUCUUCAAACUAGAGCUAA